UGGGGCUGAAGCCAUGGUUUGGCCCAGGGUUCCGCUUGGGCAGGGUGGCCCCUUUGCGCAGGUGCGGCAAUCGUGGGGCUGGAGAGUUUGAUUCCGCCCUUCUGUUUAUCGGAAGAAAAGGGCGCAGAGAGCCCUGCGAGCCCAGGAGGUAGGAAGCUUGGCCGCCCGAAGGGAAAGCGAGUGGGUCGGCAGCUACGAGGCAGAAGCAAGCUGUGUGCAGGACCCUUAGAAGCCGGUCCGGUUCGGCGCAGCCCUCCAGGCCAUGGUGCUGGCGGAGCUCUGGGCGAUCCCCAGGUGAGGGCUGCGUCUCCGCCCGGGGUUCCCGCCGCGGAGGCACUGGGUAGAUGCGGAGCGGGGAGGAAAGAAUGCAGCCCGGCCAGCUCCCCGGGAGCACCCAGAGCGGCCGCCGUUGCCGCAGCUGCAGCAGAAAGCACAGCGCAGGCCGAGGAGGCGGCUCCAGCUGCUGGUAAAGGCGCCCAACAGCAGUUUCUCUGUAGUAUGCGAGUUGAGAAAACAGCCAAAGAACAGGGCUCCCCAUCAAAACCUCCUUCGAGCCCUUUUUCCUUGCUACUCGGAGCUGAUUUAUGCGGAGACAUGCCUUGCACUUGUACCUGGACGAACUGGAGACAAUGGAUUCGACCCUUAGUGGCGGUCAUCUACCUGGUGAUCAUAAUGGUCGCGGUUCCCCUUUGCGUGUGGGAAUUGCAGAAACUGCAGGUUGGAAUACACACCAAGGCUUGGUUUAUUGCUGGAAUAUUUUUGUUGUUGACUAUACCUAUAUCACUAUGGGGGAUAUUGCAACAUUUAGUGCAUUAUACACAACCUGAACUACAGAAACCAAUAAUAAGGAUUCUUUGGAUGGUACCCAUAUACAGUUUAGAUAGUUGGGUAGCUUUGAAAUAUCCCAGCAUUGCAAUAUAUGUGGAUACCUGCAGAGAAUGUUACGAAGCUUACGUCAUUUACAACUUUAUGGGAUUCCUUACCAAUUAUUUAACUAACCGAUAUCCAAAUCUGGUAUUAAUCCUUGAAGCCAAAGAUCAACAGAAACAUUUCCCUCCUUUAUGUUGCUGUCCACCAUGGACUAUGGGAGAAGUAUUGCUGUUUAGGUGCAAACUGGGUGUAUUGCAGUAUACAGUUGUCAGACCAUUCACCACCAUCAUUGCUUUAAUCUGUGAGCUGCUUGGUGUAUAUGAUGAAGGCAACUUUAGUUUUUCAAAUGCUUGGACUUACUUGGUUAUAAUAAACAAUAUGUCACAAUUGUUUGCCAUGUACUGUCUGCUGCUAUUUUAUAAAGUACUGAAGGAAGAACUGAGUCCACUCCAGCCUGUUGGCAAGUUCCUUUGUGUAAAGCUGGUGGUUUUUGUUUCUUUUUGGCAAGCUGUAGUUAUUGCUUUUUUUGACUUUAUUAUUUGUAUUGAGAUGUUCCUGGCUGCUAUUGCUCAUCACUACACUUUCUCAUAUAAACCAUAUGUCCAAGAAGCAGAAGAGGGCUCAUGCUUUGAUUCCUUUCUUGCUAUGUGGGAUGUUUCAGACAUUAGGGAUGAUAUUUCUGAACAAGUGAGGCAUGUUGGAAGGACAGUCAUGGGACAUCCUAGGAAAAAAUUUUUUCCCGAGGAUCAAGAUCAGAAUGAACAUACAAGCUUGUUAUCAUCAUCAUCACAAGAUGCAAUUUCUGUUGCCUCUUCUGUACCACCUUCCCCCGUGGGUCACUAUCAAGGGUUUGGACGUACUUUGACUCCCCAGACUACUCCUACUAUAGCUGAUAUAUCUGAUGAAAUACGUAAUGAUACUACAGAAGAAAGAGAACCUUCAGAUAAACCCGUGGUCUCCUGAACAGUGUGUGAACACACACUGCACUACUGUUACUUCAAUACCUGGUAUCACAUUGCUCAGGAGUUUGUGCUUGGGACAAGCCAUAAAUGAUGGGAAAAUUUCAACACAAAGAUAGGCGGAAGCCAGGUACUACUGGUUUUAUAUAACUACAUUUUGUAUGUCACAAAUAACCAGUCUAAAUAUCCUAGACUUAAGACUCUUAAGAUUUGUUCACAUUAGAGUAUCGCAUACUCAAAUGGUAGAAAAUGACUAUACUAAAAGUUCUUGAUGUUACAUGCUUUAUCAAGAGGAUGGGCAUAAAAAAAUAAUAAUCAAUGCUUCCUACCACUGCUGCAUGAAAAUAAUGCUCUGGAAUUAGCAGAAAGUAUAAUUCAGAAAGUAUAGGAAUUAGUGGAACGUAAUCAUAAUCAUGUGCCAUAUAUUUCUCAACUGGAUGUCUUUCAAUAAAUAAUAAUUUAUCAUUUUCUGCAA